GGGUAGUUAGUAAGUGACCACUGCUGUAAUAAUCGCUGUCCGGAGGCUAGCGACUGACUAACAUUGACCACCUGAGAGAAAGUGUUCCAGAAAAGAAAACUUUAAUUUGGAUGUUACUUGCUUCAUUGCACUCAGAUACUAAAAAGAAAGUUUGCGACUUUAGCCAUUUCAAUUUGGAAUUUAAUGGACUGAGGAAGAAAAUCAAACGCGGUGACUUCUGAGAAACAGUUGUAAUCUACUUCCAGACUUUAGUAUAUAUAUUAGUUUAGAAAGUUUUAAAAAUAAUUUGGUUGCGGCUUAAAUCGCCCUUCCAAAAGCUUUUGAAAGAACUGAGAGAAAAGAUGUGUUAUCAGAUUUUAAACACAUUAUUUUCUCGUCGCAAUUAAGUUUUUCACAAAUUUUAAGUACUAAAAUACAAGUAACAGUAAAAAUGGAUGCCUGUGUAUUAAUUCCGGAAGAGUUCGGUCUGGUCCUGACUCUGCAUCCGAACCCACAAAAUGUGCUGGAGAUGUUCGUCGAUAUCUGGAGUAAUGUACACAUACCCUCGGGAACCGUAUUCCGUCCGGACCAGGGGACCGUCCGACUUGACAAGUUAGAAGUCUAUUCCAAGCUCGAGGCCUGUAAUGUACGAUACAAGUUUGGCUGUUACGAUGAAAUCAUCGAUGUCGAGGAAACGUCUGUCCGUCAUUGUAACUGGAUUCGUUUCGUCAAAUCCUCGUCCAAAGUUGAUGACGUUAACUUUGUGGCGGUGAAUAUCAAGGGCGAGCCAGUGUUCCAGGCGGUAAAACACGUGACGCCCAAUGACCCAAUCGUCGUCUUCUUUGAUGCAGAAGAGGAAUCCCCGAAACCGAAACCGGAAGCGAUAUCAAGGGAAAUUCCGGUACAGGAACAAUCACCUGAGAUCGCGUCUAAAGAUGACAGUAAGGACUUGAUAUCACCGAUGUCUAUGGAUGCACGUGGGAUGUUCACGUCACCGAUCACACGAGAGGAUGACUGUCGAUCAAGUUUAAGUGACGUCAUGAGUGAGCAGGAGAGCGAUAAAUCAGAUCAGACAAAAAGCGAAUCGGACACAACCACAAAUAGCAGUCCCGAGCAGGGGGCCCUUUUGACGUCACGAGUCGUCAAGAGGAACCGCGAGAGGACGUGGUUACCAUGUGACGUAUGCGGGAAAAAGUUCGACAGACCGUCACUUCUGAAGCGCCAUAUGCGCGUGCACACAGGUGAGAAGCCCCAUGCGUGUGACGUAUGUGGGAAGGCGUUCUCCACGUCCAGUUCCCUCAACACUCACCGGAGAAUACACAGCGGUGAGAAACCACACCAAUGUAAGGUGUGCGGAAAACGUUUCACCGCCAGCUCCAACCUCUACUAUCACCGGAUGACGCACAACAAGGAGAAACCCCACAAGUGUACAUUGUGCUCCAAGUCUUUCCCGACCCCCGGGGACCUUCGAAGUCACAUGUACGUCCACAACGGUUCCUGGCCCUUCAAGUGUGACAUCUGUAACCGUGGCUUCAGUAAACAGACGAACCUAAAGAACCACCAGCUUCUCCACUCAGGAGACAAGCCACACGAAUGCUACCUUUGUGCCAAGAAGUUUGCGCUUCAGUGUAAUCUGAAGACACACAUGAAAACGCAUGAAAACGACACACAAGAUGAAUGUGUACGAUGCGGUAAAGCGUUUCUAGGAUCCAGUACAUCGCCCACUCGACAAUGUUCCGAAUGUGUUACUCUGGAAAAUACAGAAAACAGCCGAAAAGUGCGAAAGCCGUCCUCCGAUUUCAGUAUAUCCCGACUAACGCAAUCAACCCCUAAGCGUUCAUUGGACUCGGAUCCGAGAACUCUUUCUCAAGAUUUCCCAAGAGAACCAUUAGGGAGUCCAUCAUUUGACAGAUCACCGCCUUUCUAUUCACCGAAACUUAUGUCAUUCCCGUUAUCUGCGCACGCAGCAUUGUCGCCGAUCUCACCCCAGAACGUCAUAAUGUCGCCUCGUCAUCGUGGGUUUUCCCCCAUUGUUGUCCGCCAUUCUGGCAUGCUGAGCCCGUCCAAUGAACACAUGAAGAUGUUCGGUAUCCUUGGUGAUCAAAGACAUAGUUACGGAAGUGACGUAAUACCUCAUAGACCAUUCUGGAGCGGAAGUUUGACUCAUGGAUAUUGAAGAUAUAUAUUUUCUGUUAUAUAUAUGACUGUGGACGCAUCUAGUCAGAAUCGGUGAAUCACAUAUGUCAGACAAUGGCAUCGAGAAUGAACUAGUCUUUACGGUGUUGACAUUUUAAUGCACACUUCUGUAUGGAUCGAUUUGUCGAACUAUGACAAUACAACUUGACAAUGUUGUGAGCAUAGCUAUGAUGAUACGCUUGCAAAGAUUUCAUAACAUGUUGUUCGAUUCUUAUAUAUUUCUUAAUUCCUAUUGGAAUUGAAUAUUACUAUGGCUCGAACUAGAAGCUGAGGAUGGUUUAGCUAUUAAUAACAUUAAUAUACUACAGUGUGUCUGAUGUUCGUCAAAACUCUCAGUCUAGAAUACUUAAUAAACAAUGUUACUGAGUAAUUUCCGAUGAUCUCGUAAAUAUCCGAAAUUACUUUUUCUUGGAUUACCUGCGUACUGAGUUUUUAAAUUCACCUCCAGGAGGUACAUCGUCCAUGUGGUAAUUUAGGUAAACCGUAGAGAUUUCCAUUGCUACAUAGGUUUUUUUCUGUGUUAUUUUUGUAUUUUGUGGUCCGUAAUUGUACAUUGUCAUAUAAGUCCCUUGUGUACUGCCAUGGCAAACACGGGAACUGUGCACACUUUAACGCAAAUGUUUGUAAAUAGUUCUUUAUCCGACACGUGCAAUUAUUAUAUAUAACCACGUGAUGCUGACUGUGAUUUGAUCAUUUUGUAUAUAUAUAUACGCUUAAAAUUGUCGAUCAAAAUAAUUUUAUUUGGAUCGGACUACAUUUUUUGAUCUUGUUGAUGAAAUGUUUUCUUUCUGUCUGUUCUUACUGAAGUUUUUCUGUGUCUGUUGUAAAUAUUCCUCUUUCGAUCCGUCCGUUCUUCAUCUGUUUUCUUUUUCUGAGCUUUCUUUCACACUUUCUUUCUAUUUGUUUUUUCCCCCACAACAAUCUCAACACCUCACCAAGCUACAAGUGUCUCCUCCUCGUGCCGGUAACACUACUUUCUGUAUGUUACAGUGUAAUAUACAAGUGCUUGUAAACAGCUGAUGCUGUCCGACAUUUUGAAUCGCCAACCUACGCCAAAGAUUUCUGCAGAGUUUGUAAUGAAGAUGACUUGUCCACUUAUAUAAUGUUACCCUACCACACACAUUACCACGUGACCCUACUAUAUACAUUACCACGUGACCCUACUAUACACAUAUCCAGGUGACCCUACUAUACACAUUACCACGUGACCCUACCACACACAUUACCACGUGACCCUACUAUACACAUUACCACGUGAACCUACUAUACACAUAACUAGGUGACCCUACUAUACCCAUUACCACGUGACCCUACCACACAUACAUUACCACGUGGUCCUACUAUACACAUUACUACGUGACCCUACUACACACAUUUCCUAGUGAUCCUACUAUACACAUUACCUAGUGAUCCUACUAUACACAUUACCACGUGACCCUACCACACACAUUACCACGUGAUCCUACUAUACACAUUACUACGUGACCCUACCACACACAUUUUCUAGUGAUCCUACUAUACACAUUACCUAGUGAUCCUACUAUACACAUUACCACGUGACCCUACCACACACAUUACCAAGUGAUUAUACUAUACACAUUACCACGUGAUCCUACCACACAUACAUUACCACGUGAUUCUACUAUACACAUUACCACGUGACCCUACCACACACAUUACCACGUGACCCUACCACACACAUUACCAUGUGAUUAUACCACACACACAUUACCACGUGAUUCUACUAUAUACAUUACCACGUGACCCUACCACACACAUAUUACCAUGUAACCCUACCACACACACAUUACCAUGUGAUUAUACUAUACACAUUACCACGUGAUCCUACCACACACAUAUUACCACGUGAUUCUAAUAUACACAUGACCACGUGACCCUACCACACACACAUUACCACGUGACCCUAAUACACACAUUACCACGUUGACCACAAUGACUUACAAGUAAACGAACAUGUAGAUUAUUCGAGGAUUCGUGCAAUACCCCUUUUGUUGCAAAGUUGGACUGUUUGUGUAAUGAAAUCCCAAAAGUGUCACUGUUUUAAUUCACUGUGUGUCAUUAACACAUGUGAUAUAUACCAAAGAAAUAAAGUUAUACGUGAACUGUUA